AUGUCAUCGAGAAAGAAGGUCCUUCUCAAGGUCAUUAUCCUUGGCGAUAGCGGUGUCGGCAAGACGAGUUUGAUGAACCAAUAUGUCAACAAGAAGUUUAGUGCAAGCUACAAGGCCACGAUCGGCGCCGACUUCCUGACCCGCGAGGUCCUCGUCGAUGACCGGCAGGUGACGAUGCAGCUCUGGGACACUGCAGGACAGGAGCGCUUCCAGUCGCUGGGUGUCGCCUUUUACCGCGGAGCUGACUGCUGCGUACUCGUCUACGACGUCAACAACUCCAAGAGCUUCGAUGCUCUGGACAGCUGGAGGGACGAGUUCCUGAUCCAGGCUUCUCCGCGUGACCCCGACAACUUCCCAUUCGUCGUCCUUGGAAACAAGAUUGAUGUUGAGGAGAGCAAGAGAGUUAUCUCGACCAAGCGUGCGAUGACCUUCUGCCAGUCCAAGGGCGGGAUUCCCUACUUCGAGACCAGUGCGAAGGAGGCUAUCAACGUCGAGCAGGCUUUUGAAGUCAUUGCACGAAAUGCCCUUGCUCAGGAGGAGUCGGAAGAGUUCAGCGGGGACUACCAGGAUGUCAUCAACAUUCCCAUUGAGAACCCCCGGGACGGCUGCGCCUGCUAA